CCCCCUCCCUCUGCAUCGACUACACGUAAGCACGACAUGGUGCUGUCGUCAUCAAACUGACAUAGGAAGUAAUGAUCGGCUGUCCGGACAACGCAAAAAGAGGAAAAGGGGCCGAGGAAGGAAGCGACACAAUAAUGACAUCCAAGCUCCGACCACCGGCGGACUGAGAGCUGAAGAUCCCACAUCUGCGGUCACUCCAAGCCUGGUUCCCCCAUGCCUGCUUCUCCAGGCUAUACUCGACUUGAGCAUAAUGAGCCUAUGAACCCGCUGCGUAUCUCCGUAGGAGGCCUCCCCAUGUUGGCUUCCAUGGCCAAUGCCACCGACCCCCGGUUCCGCCUUAAGUGGAGGCCCAUCGUGGCAGUAGCUGGCUCUGUGGCCUUAAUCCUGCUGCUUUUCAUGCACUUCAGCUCGGGUUUACGGUACCGCUCCUACGGCUCACGCAGCUGGAGAGUCAACCCGAGCGACGGCCACCAGUCGGAUUUGCAGUACAAUGACACCUACCCGCUCAGUCCACCCGAGCGCACGUCGAAGGGCACCCGCUAUCGCAUCGGCGUCAUCGCUGACCUGGACACCAGCUCUCUCAGCGACAAGAAGAUGACGUGGAUCAGCUACAUGCGGCGGGGGUACCUGCUGGUGUCAGAGAGCGGUGACAAGGUGGCCGUUGAAUGGGAUGUUGACAGGGUGGUGCUGGAAAGCCACCUGUCGGAGAAAGGCAGGGGCAUGGAGCUGUCUGAGCUGGUGGUGUUCAAUGGGAAGCUUUACAGUGUCGAUGACAGAACGGGUGUAGUCUACCAUAUAGAUGGAGAAAAGGCUGUACCCUGGGUCAUCUUACCCGAUGGCGAUGGCAGCGUUGCAAAAGGAUUCAAAGCCGAAUGGCUGGCAGUGAAGGACGAGCACCUAUAUGUUGGUGGUCUCGGGAAAGAGUGGACCACCACUGAAGGCGAAUUUGUCAACAACAAUCCAGAAUGGGUGAAAGUCGUGGGCUUCAGAGGCGACGUACAGCACAAGAACUGGGUUCCCAAGUACAAAUCCCUGAAAUCCGCCGCAGGGAUAGAGCAACCAGGCUAUUUGAUUCACGAGUCUGCAGCAUGGAGCGACACCCUACAGCGCUGGUUUUUCCUUCCUCGCCGCGCGAGCAGCGAGCGCUACGAAGAGACGGCGGACGAGAGACGCGGCACGAACCUCGUCCUUAGCUGCUCGCCAGAUUUCAACGACAUCAAAGUCAGCCGAGUGGGUGUACUUAAUCCUACCCACGGUUUCUCCUCCUUCAAGUUUGUCCCCAACACUGAUGACCAGAUCAUCCUGGCGCUCAAGUCUGAAGAGGACGCUGGGAAGAUUGCCACGUACAUUAUGGCCUUCACACUUGAUGGGCGCAUCCUUUUGCCUGAAACUAAGAUCGGGGAUGUAAAAUAUGAGGGCUUGGAGUUUAUAUAGAGGGCUCACACACAGAGACACUCACACUUGAGGCCACUUCACUGUGGUUCUAGUUUGUUUACAGUCACUGUUGAACUUUUUGCACUCGCUGCUUCCUCAUUGAGUCUAAAACACAUAACUCCAACCGUUGAAGCGACAUCGUCAAUACAAAUAAAAGAACUAAUGGCUGAAAGAGUAAAGUUUCAAGAAUGUGCGGAUCGGGUUGUGGUGGACUGCGUUCUUCCUAGGCCAAAUGUGGGCUUAAAAAGUACUGUAGCCUUUCUUAUAAUGAAUGUACAAAAGCUAAUUUAUCAGACUGUGAUUUGCUUUGGUUUUUUUCCCCUGAAAAAUUCAUCUUUAUGCACACACUAUACACACUCAGAAGGUCUAAGGUUUUUUCCCCUUUGCUCCAUAUUCCACAGUAUCACUCUGUCCACACGAGUAUUGUCAGUGGGAUAGCAAAAGCCUUGUUUUUAAUCCUGUAUAUUGUUUGAAGACUGUUUUGGUGAUUUUAUCCUAUGUAGUUUUGUUUGGUUU